AUGCAGCAAGGGAAUGGGGGAAAUCAGCUUUGGAACAUGCAAGCACAACUCCAAGAGAGUUACCCGGGUACUAACAAUGGAACACCAAACUCGGUCACCAAUUCACACCACGGCUCUGUUACCAGCACUGGUACUAAUACGGGGUUGGGCAUGGGAAUGUCAAUAAUGAAUGGUUAUUCCACACCUGACAUGUCAUCUCAAAUGCAAGACACAAACAACCAAGUACGGCAGCAACAGAUUUUUCAGCAACUGCAGAUGCAAAAGCAAUCGCAACAGCAACAGCAACAGCAACAGCAACUACACCAAGUACAUGCGACAUCUCAAAUUCCACAGCAACAGCAGCAGCAGCAACAACAACAGAAACCAGUACCCCAAAUGAAUUUGCAGAAUACAGAAAAAUUCUUGGAUUUAGUCGAACAUUACAUGAAAAAAAUCAACAGACCGUUCGAAAGGUAUCCAGUGGUGAAUGGUGUUCGAAUAAAUCUUUUUGUUUAUUACUAUAUGGUUUCAUAUGUUGGAGGAUUUGUGAAAGCGUAUCAGGAACAAAAGUUUCCGUUGAUUGCUAAACAAUUGGGCAUACCGGCAAACAACCAGCCCGUCUUCAAUGAAUUUUUACAAUGCUACUAUGUUAACCUACGACCAUUUGAACAAUACGCCAAAACUUCUGAAAGUUUAAAUGAUCCCCAGAGAAGAGUAAUGUUACAGCAGCAGCAGCAGCAGCAGCAGCAAUUUCAAGCUCAAGCGCAGCCACGUCCACAGAUACCACAGAAAACACAAGUUCCUCAAAAUACAGGCAGGCCUCCAAUUCCAGGACAGGUACCUCAAGCCCCUCAAAUAAAAAACACUUCUAGUCAUCAAGAGCAACUGCAUCAACACCAAAUACAUCUACAGCAAAAGUUUCAAGAAGCGCAGCAUAAGACUCUACUCCAACAACAACAACUACUUCAGAAAAAAGCCACAAAAAAUUCACCAACUCAAUAUUCGCAAGCUUCCACUCCACAUGACGUUCCACAAUCACCACAUGUACCUAUCAAUAAAGCAAACAAAAUUACAAAACCACCUCUCAAGACUGCGAAAUCAAGAGUUUCAUCCAUUAAUGAAGAGAAAAUUGUUACAGUAUUUGUCAAAGGUAAUCGGAAACCUGAUGUUAUAAAGAAUUAUACACCUUACACGACAACCCAUGAUAGGCCUGGAGGGCUUGACAUCUUGAAUAUUGAACGUGUGGGGGAGCAAUUAGAUGAUAUGAAACCUGUUUUCCUUUAUUUUCCAGAACUAGGUAAGGUUGAUAUAAAAGCAUUGUCUUUGGGUCUAUUGUCAGGCAUAUCUGCUGAAAUAAAUGUGGCACUUAAUGUCCUAUUAAUCAUAAGCUCAGAUCCAAACACACAUAUCCCAUUUGAGCAUUGUAAAAUUUUGCUUGAUAGCUUAUCGCUGUUAGGUAAAAAAGUAAUCGGAAAGCUAUGGAAUUUCAAAUAUAAAUCACAUCUCUCAGAAAGUACCAAAAAAUUGGGAAAGAAUAUGGACUAUGUCAAACCAAAGAGUAGAAUCGAUAAGAUUUUUGAAAAAUAUUCAAGACAGUUUGGUGAUGAAGAUUAUACAAUCGAAGUUAACGCCUUCACUUCUCAAGAGAUCUCGAGUACCAAACCCGACCCUCCUCAUCUGCAUCCAAACCGCUACGAUGACAAAAUGAAUGACAAAAUGAAUGACAAUAGCUCACCUCCUACAAGCUUGAAUCAAUCGAUUAUAAAUGUGGAGUCCGUCAAGGGGUUCAAAAUUCCUUCUUACUUGAGCAUGCUUCACAAAUGUCGAAAACAAGCUGAUAGUAUAUCUAUGAACAUCUACCAGAAAAGUUACUUUGACCAAGAGGUUGUCUUAGUUGAGGAAUUGAGUACUAUUUCCCUGAUAUUUAGGAAUUUCUCUUUUGUCAGCAACAACAACUUGUAUCUUGCUAGGAAUCCUAAAUAUAUGGAAUUCUUAUACACUGUGAUAUUUGCAACUAUUACGAAACCGGAGAUAUUUAAAUUUGAGAGAAAGAGGCUAUCAUUGAUGAAAGAUGCUCUCAUUGUACUUUCAAAUAUAAUUCAUGCGAUUGAUAUAGAGUCUGAGUUAGAAGUGUGGCUGGUUUUCUCUUUGGCGUACUCUUUUUCAUCAGAAAGUUCUGAGUUGCGUAAACCGACUAACAUGACAACUUCAAAAUAUAUUCCAAGUGUGCACCGUUAUCAUCCCCACUCUGUUGAUAUUAUGUCCAAACUGUUAUGUACAUCCUAUGCUAACAGGGAAAAGGUGGCUGACUUGCUAACAGGAAAGGUAAGGGAUGAACACAUAAUUAAAAUGGUUGGCUUAAAUUUUGGUGACGACUAUCUGGAAACAGGCUCACUUUUCAAAGCAGUAUUUUCUCUAUUUGUGUCUAUUCUUCCUACUGAUCAGAUGUACCAGGGGGUUGAAAUAUUCAAUGAAAUGUAUCAAACAUGCCUCCAGUCUUUGUUAGGGUGCUUGGUGUUAACAGAAUUUUUAGAUGAAGCGCCGGGCUUCAAGAGAAAUAUUGCGUUAGAUUUUUUACUCUCGGAAGAAAGGUUCGGACCAAUUCUUCAGCAUUUAUCAUUUGUAUACACUGCUGUCAAUCUGAAUCUAAGAGCACAAGCAUCGGAAGAAAACUCAUUAAUAUCAGCUUAUGCAGCUGAACUUGCUAACAGCUUAACUGAGUGUGCUAUUCAACACGCCGUGGCUAACGAAAAUGUUAACGAAGACUUACAGAAAUUACGGAACAUUCCAAGGUUAUUUGGCGCUCUCGAAAAUCAAUGUGGUAUUUUAGUUUCACCUUCUGCAGCUUGUAAUGUUACAGAGCAGAUUAUAAAAACACUGAAAAUCAAACACAAGCUUGAAACUCUAUUAAAAUAA